AUGUUAUUACCUGACUCAAUUCUAAAAAACACUAAUAACAAUGAAAGUGUUUUUCAAGAUGAAAAUGAUGAAGAAAAUAAAGAUCAAGAAAUCGAAUCACAAAAACGUCCAUUACUCAAAUCUAGAUGUUCAAUAACUUCCUCUCACUCCCACACUUCUUAUGGAAUAAUUACAACCACAACAACUGCAUUAAGUUUAACUGCCCCCACAAUUUCUACAAAGAAAGUUUUAACCUCUGAUACUUUUAUUUGUUUGUUUUUGACUUUAUUACUUAACGGAAUUUGGGUACAGACUACAAGUGGACUUUUUAAGGCUUACGGCCAAACUUUUAUUCAUGACGAUUUCUUUUUGGCAACAGUUAGUUCAUUUGCUGCUGCUACAAAUUGUUUUAGCAGAAUAUUUUGGGGAGCUUUUGCAGACCGAGCAUCAUAUAGGCUAACAAUGGGUAUUGCAUGUUCACUCGGUGCUGCACUUAUGUGGACUUUAGGACUUAUUUGUGCAAUGUUUUCUUGUGUUGGAGCAACUUAUUCAUUAGUACCCUAUGCGACUCAUCGUUGCUUUGGAUGUGAAAAUUUUGGUGUAGCUUAUGGGUGUGUUCAUAUAUCACUUGUGGGUUUAAAUUGA